AUGGAGCUUGUUUAUAAAGUAUGUUUAGCUUUUCUCUUUUCUUUUUCUUGCUUUGGAGAAUACUGGAAUUUUGGUCAUGGUCAAGGGCUUAUUUUCAUUGCUGGUCCUCUUUCUGAUGAGUUGGUAAAUACAUUAAAUUUCCAAAGUGGACAUAUAGGAGGACCUACAUUUUAUUCUGUAGAGGCUCAGUCAGAUUAUAUUUGCCAUCAACCCUCACUUGCUUCUUUGUCAUCACACUUUGACAAACUCCAUGCAACUGGUGUGACGCAUUUUAAGGUGGUCUUGCCAUGGACUUCUAUCCUGCCAGAGAUGAAUGCCCAAAAACCAAACAAGACAAAUGUGGAAUGCUACAAACAACUUCUCAGAAUUCUCAAAUCUGCUGAUCUUAAACCGGUUUUAAUUCUGCACCAGUAUGGUUUACCAAAGUCUUUAGGCACCCAGCUUGGAUCUAUAAUUUUCACCAAUCUUUUUGUUGAAUAUGCAGACUUUUCAUUUGGGACUUUUGGUGAAUUAGUGGACACCUGGAUCACUUUCAGCCAUUUGCCUGAGAUUACAAAGGGAUUACCUCUUGCAGAUCCAAAAGUCUUUCCUCUACAAGUACUAGUUUCAGCACAUCAAAAAGCUUAUAAAAUCUACCAUGAAAAACACUCAUUUGAAGAUGGAAAAGUAUCCAUUUCCUUGGGCCUUAGUGAUAAUGGGCUGAUGCUGCCAGAAUCACUCACAGUUUCAGUUUGGGCCUCUAUAGAUUUUCUCUCUCUCAGCCUACGGUACAACUGUAAAACUGAAGCAGGUAUUGAAAAGAUGCUGAAUGAAAUAAAGCAUCUCAUACAUGAUACGGAUGUUCUACUCUUCAGUCUAAACUUCUCUGAAUGUUCUUCUGAUCAAGAAAACGAGCUUACAACAAUGGCUUCCAUUUUCAGUGCCAUGUAUGAAGCCCAAGCACUGGUAAAAGGCUACGAUGUGAAUUCCUUCUUAGAGGGCUUAGGCAUUCCAGAAGCAAGGUCCCACAAAAAUCCAGCUAUUCAAUCAAAGCAGAAGGAAGACCUUACACAAGCUGAGACUCCACUUUCAAAUUAUCAAAAGAUUUGGGGAAAAUUUGCUCACCAAUCUAAGCAGGAAAGAGACUCUUUUGUGACAGAUAUUUUCCCUAGUGGUUUUCUCUGGGGUACAUCAACAGGAUCCUUUAAUGUUGAAGGAGCCUGGGCAGAAGAUGGGAAAGGAGAGAGUAUUUGGGACCGAUAUGGACAUCAAGGCCAUAUCCAUAAGAAUCAAACAGCCGAUGUUGCCUCUGAUAGUUACCGCAAGACUGAAUAUGAUGUUUAUCUUCUUAGAGGUCUUCAUCCAAAGAUCUACAAAUUUUCUAUAUCAUGGCCUAGGAUUUUUGCCAAUGGGGAUAACAGCAGCUUGAACCCUCAAGGAGUGAAUUACUACAACAAACUCAUUGACAGCUUGCUGGAUUCUGGCAUUGAACCCAUGGUGACCUUGUUCCACUGGGACCUUCCACAAGUGCUGCAGGACCUUGGUGGUUGGCAGAAUGAGAGCAUCAUUGGUGCCUUCACAAACUAUGCAGCUUUCUGCUUCGCCACGUUUGGAGAUCGGGUUAAACUCUGGGUUACCUUCCAUGAACCGUGGGUCAUUAGCUAUGCUGGUUAUGGUACAGGGCAGCAUCCUCCAGGAAUUCACAGUCCAGGCACAGCAUCCUAUCAGGUGGCUCAUGUGAUCCUCAAGGCACAUGCUCAAGCUUGGCAUAUUUACAACAGGCAGUAUCGUCCCCAGCAGCAGGGGAAAGUGGGCAUUGUGUUGAACUCUGACUGGGCUGAACCCAAGGCCUCCAGCCUUCUCCAGGAUGUGAAAGCAGCCGAGCGCUACUUACAAUUCAUGUUGGGCUGGUUUGCUCACCCAAUAUAUGUUAAUGGCGAUUAUCCGGAGAUCUUGAAGUCCCAGAUUGAGGAGAUAAAUACGCAGUGCUCUGCUGCUAUUGCCAAUCUCCCCACAUUCACCAGUGAGGAGAAGAAGCUGGUGAAAGGAACGGCUGACUUCUUUGGUCUUUCUCAUUAUACUUCCAGGCUUGUUGGUGCUUUGGCUAAUCAAACCUGUACACCAGACUAUGAGACUAUUGGGGGCUUUUCCCAGGAUGUGGAUCCUUCUUGGCCAAGGACAGCUGCACCCUGGUUGUAUGUAGUCCCAUGGGGGUUGAGGAGAUUGUUGCAGUUCGUGUCUGAUGAAUAUACAAAUGCAAGUAUCCCCAUUUACAUAGCGGCAAAUGGUGCACCCACUGAUGAUGGAGGCGAUUGGAUCAAUGAUACCAUGAGGCUGGAUUACUACCGUCUCUAUAUCAAUGAGGCCUUAAAAGCUAUAAGACAAGAUGGUGUGGAUGUUCAGUCAUAUAUUGCCCGAUCACUGAUUGAUGGUUUUGAAGGCAUUUCAGGUUAUAGUCAAAAAUUUGGCCUUCAUAAUGUGAAUUUUGAAGAUGCCAAUAGACAAAGAACACCAAGAAAAUCUGCAUAUUUCUUCUCUUCUGUGAUUGAAAAUAAUGGAUUUCCUAGUACAAGCAUGAGAAAACACAUCCAGCCGUUCAGAAAGGAUUUUUCCAUGCCCUCAAGGCUGCCUAGUUUGUCAGCGUCUGAAGUCCCCUCAAAGGCAAAGAUAGUUUGGGAAAAAUUUUCUGGCCAGACUAACUUUGAAAGAGACAUGUAUUUUUAUGACACUUUCCCAAAAGAUUUUCUGUGGGGUGUUUCCACUUCUGCCUAUCAGAUUGAAGGAGGCUGGGAUGCAGAUGGAAAAGGACCUAGCAUAUGGGAUAACUUUACCCAUACGCCAGGAAAAAUUAAGAACGAUGAUACUGGAGAUGUAGCUUGUGACAGCUACAAUAAAGUAGAUGAAGAUCUUUAUUUAUUGAGAGCCUUAAAGGUGAACAGUUAUCGCUUCUCCUUCUCAUGGCCUCGAAUUUUUCCAGAUGGCAGAAAUCAAUCUAUAAAUAGUUAUGGGGUUGAUUAUUACAACCGAUUGAUUAAUGGUCUACUGGCUGCAAAUAUUACACCAAUGGUCACUCUGUACCAUUGGGAUCUGCCUCAAGCUCUCCAAGACAUUGGUGGGUGGGCAAACCCUGAAUUGAUCGAACUAUAUAAUAGUUAUGCUGACUUCUGUUUUCAUACUUUUGGAGAUAGGGUUAAGUUCUGGAUUACUUUCAAUGAACCUGUCACAAUUUCAUGGCUUGGCUAUGAUACAGGUGCCUAUCCUCCAAAUGUGGUAGACAAUCCGGGUGAUGCCCUCUAUAAAGUUAGUCAUACAAUAUUGAAGGCUCAUGCCAGGGUAUAUCAUACAUAUGCCCAGAAGUAUAAGAAAAGCCAGAAAGGUGUAAUUUCCAUAAGUCUCAACAUUGACUGGGUUGAACCGAAGAUGCCAAGAGAUCCCCAGGAUGUAAAAGCAGCAGAUCGUUUCCUACAGUUCACUGGGGGAUGGUUUGCACAUCCGAUUUUUAAAAAUGGUGACUAUCCAGAUGCCAUGAAAUGGACAGUGGGAAACCGGACUGAGCUGCAGAAAUUGUCAGCCUCCCGGCUUCCAGUUUUCACUGAAGAAGAGAAAAAAUAUAUCCAGGGCACGGCAGAUGUCUUCUGCUUGAACUAUUAUACCACCAACAUUAUAAAGCACAAGACUACCAGGUUGAAACCAUUUUCUUAUGAACAUGACCAAGAACGAGCCCUGGAGAGAGAUUCUUCAUGGCCAACCACAGCCCUGACAAAUCUGCGAGCAGUGCCAUGGGGACUGCGGAGGCUCCUAAACUGGAUCAAGGAGGAAUAUGGCAACCCACCUAUUUACAUUACUGAGAAUGGAGUUGGAAUAAAAAUUAAGUCAGAUGUUGAUGAUACCAAAAGGGUCUUUUAUUAUAAAACCUACAUUGAUGAAGCUUUGAAAGCCUACAAGCUGGAUGGAGUAAAUCUUCAAGGUUUUUUUGCCCGGUCACUUAUGGAUAAUUUUGAAUGGCUGAAUGGUUAUGAACCAAGAUUUGGCCUACACCAGGUUGAUUUUGAAAAUCCAAACAGGCCUAGAACUCCAAAGCGUUCUGCUAUAUAUUAUUCUGAAAUCAUACGUAACAAUGGAUUCCCACUGUCAAAAGAGGAUGAAUUCCUUUAUGGAGAAUUUCCCAAGAACUUCUAUUGGAGUGUGGCCACAGCAGCAUAUCAGAUUGAAGGAGCUUGGAGAGCAGAUGGAAAAGGCCUCAGUAUUUGGGACCAGUUUGCUCACACGCCUUUGAAAAUUAACAAUGAUGAAAAUGGAGAUAUAGCUUGUGACAGCUACCACAAAAUAGAGGCAGACUUGACUGCUCUGAAAGACAUCAAGGUGACCCAUUAUCGUUUUUCAAUCUCCUGGUCUCGCGUUCUCCCAGAUGGGACCACCAAGCUUAUCAAUGAAGCUGGCCUGAAAUAUUAUGAAAGAUUUGUGGAUGCACUUCUUGCAGCCAAUAUCCAACCUCAGGUAACCCUGUACCACUGGGAUCUUCCUCAGGCCCUCCAGAACAGUGGAGGGUGGGAAAAUGAGAGCAUCAUUCAGAAAUUUAAAGACUAUGCAGACCUCAUUUUUCAAAGAUUGGGAGACAAAGUGAAAUUUUGGAUAACUUUAAAUGAGCCUUAUGUCAUUGCCAAUCUUGGUCACGGUUAUGGAGUGUCUGCGCCAGGCAUAUCUGAAAGACCAGGCCGCGCUCCUUACAUUGUGGGGCACAAUUUGAUCAAGGCACAUGCAGAAGUGUGGCAUCUCUACAAUGAGAUCUAUCGCCCCAAACAAAGAGGAUUGAUCUCACUUUCCAUCAGUGUAGAGUGGGCUGAACCAAAGAAUCCUUACAAGCAGGAGGAUUAUGAUGCUGCUCAGAGAUAUAUUCAGUUUUUUGCUGGUUGGUUUGCUCAUCCUAUUUUCAAAACCGGUGAUUAUAAUGAACUGAUGAAAAAAAGGAUACAAGCAAGAAGCCCCGGCAAAUCAAGGCUCCCUGAAUUUACUGAAAGUGAAAAGCAAAGAAUUAAAGGGACAUAUGACUUUUUUGGCUUGAAUCAUUAUACCACAAUCCUGGCAUCCGACUUAUAUUUUCCUCCACUUAUAACAUCCUACGAUGCUGAUAGAGGCGUCGCCUCCAUAGCAGACCGCAGCUGGCUGGGUUCUGGCUCCUUUUGGCUGAAAGUGACACCAUUUGGCUUCAGAAGGCUCUUGAAGUGGAUCAAAGAAGAAUACAAUAAUCCACCUAUUUAUGUGACUGAGAACGGGAUUUCCGAACGUACAGACAGAGGUUUGAAUGAUACCUGGCGCAUACAUUAUUUAAAGAGUUACAUCAACGAAGCAUUAAAAGGAGUUGUAUUUGAUGGUGUUGACCUCCGAGGUUAUACCGUUUGGAGCUUGAUGGACAAUUUUGAAUGGGCAGUGGGCUUCUCUGAAAGGUUUGGGCUGUAUUACACCAACUACACGGACCCCAAUCUAUCUAGAAUUCCAAAGGAGUCUUCAAAGUAUUACUCAUCUAUUAUCCGCUGUAACGGCUUUCCAGAUCCAGCCAAUGGACCUCAUUUGUGUCUGGAGCCACAGCCUGAAGGUACUAAACUACCAACUACAAACAAUACCCUGCCACUUACAAGCCCAACAGGACUUUUAGAUAUCGAGAAGGUGCAAUUUUUGGGACUGGAACUGACUUCAUCGCAGGCUAAAAUAGCUCUUUAUAUUCUGUUUGUCCUAUGCUUGCUGGCUAUGCUAGGUUUUGCUGGUUUCCUUUGUGCAUAUAAAAAGAAAUCCAAAAAUAUCCGGAAACAAACAGCUUUUAAAUAAAAUGAAAUCAGAACGAAGUUUUGCCUUAUCAUCUGAAGACUUUGAGCCAUGCACAUUUGAAGCUGUCUCUAAAGUGCAUAGGUGCUAUUUAAAGUACAUUAUCAUGACAUGCAUCAAUUAGCAGUACAAUUCUGAGUUUUUGCACCUGAGAUAGAAUGGCUUAUGCAAUUUUGGGAUGUUGUUUUGCUAUGACUAUGAACUUAAGACUAGCACACUCUCAGUGUAGUGGGAAACCUACUUGUGUGUGUGGGGAACACAAAGCAGAGACAUGACAGGCUGUUUAUCAGGAUGAUUUCAAGUUAACCCCAAAUCCCAUUAUUAGACAUUUUGGAGCAUCAGUGAAAAGGUAUUAUCUAAGCUCUUUUCAGGAAAACAGGGUCAAUUGUUCAGAAUUUAUUCCACAACAAAUGAAUGGAAGAUAUAUCCUUGUUGUAUGCAAAUAUAAUAAAGAAUAUUACAGAAAAAUAGUUAAGAAUGACUUCACUACAUUUGCCAAGUUUUGUCAUUACUUCUGAGAAGCAAAUAAUUGUAGUAGGUACCAAUUGGAGAUCUUUUGGCUUGUCUGUUCAUUUACUGUAUUUAACCAACACUAAAGCAACAUUCCCAAUUCUACAGAAGGAAUAGCUUCAAGUUAACACAACUCACAAUGUCAGUGUUUGCUAUGAUGAGAUACAGAAUUAUAGCCAGAUAGGUGGUUAGUGAACUUUGCUUACCCUUCUAUGUGGGGAAAGGGAAAGGGGUAGAAUUGUAUUGCUUUUUUGUGAACAGAAAUCUGUCUACUCACAAAAAUAACCAAACUCAAUCCAAUCUAUGAAGUUUCCUUCACUCCAAACAGAGCAUGGCUAGAGAAAUUGUAGUCAACAUACUAUAGAAAACAAUAGUUUUGUGCCUAUGGAUAGUGUUAAUUCAGUCUUUGACUAUGAUAGCUCUACCUUUUCAAUGGGGGUCCCAAAAGCACCUUUAGUUACUAGGGGUGGUUUGCCAGCUGUGGCCAGCGCUGCACACUGUUUAUAUGCCUUUCAUUUUCUCUUGAUUGUUCUACAGCAGUACAUUGCAUAAAAGAAAGUAAUACAUAACACAUGACUUUGAAGGUACAUUAGCACAAACUAUUAAUUGCUAGGGUUGAAUAAAAUAAUCACAUUUUAUUACUUUUCAAGCUGCUGCACAAGUUAAUGGGACACUUGAGUUAGACAAAAAUGCUAGAACUUCUCCUUAAAGCCAUAAUGCCAAGUAUUUAAGGACUUUAAAAUCUCUCUCUUCUGAACUCCUGUGUAUCACUGAAGUCAAAUAAGAGGCAAUCAGGAAUGAUAUCGAUCCUGCAUCCAAAAAGAAGGCACCAGAGGAAAGCAGGAUAUCUAUUUUUCAUUUUAAGCCCCCCCUUUUUUCUGUGAAAGCUCAAAGCAAUGGGGAGUGGGAUGCUCUCAUUUUAUAUCUGUACAAAUUAAAUUAAACUGUGAAUCUGAGUAAGGUUUAUCUGGUCAGUGCUGUCUUUUUACUUUUUUUGUUUUACUCUACCUUUCCCUUUGAUUUUAAUGUUUCUUGUCUCAACAAGACCUUUUAAAAAACUAAUCUGGCCCUUUAUUUCUGUUGUUAUGUACACAUAAAUAGUUGAAUCAGAUACACCAAUGUGAUACUGUGUAAUGGUAACGGCAGCAGACAUGUUGAAUCACCAGACCCAGUCCCCAAAUAGGAUCCAUCCCCUUUCCAAAUCCCCAUCUAUACAAGUCAAGGGGACAAGAAGUUGUAACAUCCCAGUCUCUUUGUUAUGGAAUGGGGAUCAUUCCAUGGCUCUCUUUAUAAACAGUGUGACAUUUCAAACAAUUAUCAUGUUAUGUGCUAAGUAUUUGGAAAAAAAAACUUUAUUGAAUGCUGAGAGAUAAAAACUAUGAAUAUUGGGCUGUUGGUACAGAAGCAUUGCAGGAAAAAAAAAAACCUUAUCCAAUUUAUCAGGGUUUGCACUCCUCUAGGAUUGGCUUGUUUUGUACUUGGAGCUGCCUAUUUGCUCAAAGAUUUAUAUAGGUAAAAAGUGUCUUUAGAGGACAAUAUAAGUAGUACAUAUGAAAUUCUAAAUGCUGAUGGGACAUGGAUUUUUAUAUUCUUUGUUUUUGGUAGUAGUUACAUUUGCAGAAUCCAGCUACACAAGUG